UUCAUUCUAUACAAUUAAGAAGGAGAGAUGGGAAAAAGACGCUUGUAGAUUCCACCGCUAGUAAUCGUAGCACCAGCUUAUUUCUAUCGUCAAAUGCUUUGACGUCGGCUCCUCCGCUCAAUAUCUUUUAUUAUUCAGCAAUGAAUUUUCGUUUUUGCCUGGUUGCGUCCAUUUUGAUCCUUGAUGUGGUCUCCGUUCGGUCUACCGAUUGUGAUACGUCAAAGGAAGCAAAAAUUGUGAUUGUUGGAGCGGGUCCAGCUGGCAUUGCUGCUGCCUCGAGGCUGUCGCAGAGAGGAGUGAAUGAUUUUGUGAUACUGGAGGCCAACGAUAGAAUCGGUGGCAGAAUAUAUACCAAAGACUUUGGUGAAAAUGUGGUAGAUCUCGGGGCUCAGUGGGUUCAUGGACAAUCUGGAAACGUAGUAUUCGAUCUUGCCUCCAAACAUAAUCUGCUGAGUUCAUUCGCAGUUCUUCGAGAUAACAGCAAACAUGAAUUUGUCACAAUUAAUGGUGAAAUAAUGCCCUGCGAAGAAAGCAGCAAAGCUCUAACGAUUUUUGAAAAUAUUCUGGAUAAUGUGACGCAGAUAGAAUUGAAAGAGGAAAGAGGAUCUUUAGGAGAUUACAUAAUACGAGAAUAUUAUAAAACUUUCGACGAAAAACCUUUUAUGAAUCGUUCUCGAGUUGAUGAAUAUCUAUCUUGGAUGGAAAAGGCGGAAAACUCUGCAGACGGAAGCGACUCAUGGUUUGACGUUUCUGCGAAGCGUUUUACAGAAUAUUGGGAAUGCGAGGGCGAUCAGUUAUUGGGUUGGAAGGAGCAUGGUUAUAAAACAAUUUUUGAUCUGCUAUUACAAAAGAUUCCGAAUGCAGAGGAAUGUUUGCCAGUGAUGGAAAAGAUAGAGUUCGGUAAAGUCGUGGCAACUAUCAAUUAUAGUUCAGGCGAGAAUGUGACAGUGAUUACCAGAGACGGCUGUGAGUACUCGGCAUUGCAUGUUAUAUUUACUGGGUCUCUAGGUGUUCUAAAGGAGAAACAUGCCUCGAUAUUCGUUCCACCUUUGUCACAGAAAAAACAACGCGCAAUAGAGGGAUUAACUAUUGGAACGGUGAACAAAGUUUUCCUUGAAUUUCCGCAUAGAUGGUGGCCGGAGGAUAAAGCCGGUUUUGAUUUUAUCUGGCCGGAACAAGAUAAGAAGGAAUUCUUGCAAACCUAUGGUCAAAAUAACGAGUGGCUUUGCGAUGUGUUCUCGAUUGUGACUGUAGCUUAUCAGCCGAAUCUUUUAUGUGCUUGGAUAGUCGGAAAAAACGCGAGACAUAUGGAAACCUUAUCGGAUGAUGACGUAUUCGACGGAUUGUAUUUAUUGUUACAAAAAUCGUUUGAAAGUCAUUAUAAUGUUGUGAAGCCAACAAAAAUGUUAAGGUCUAAAUGGUAUACCAACGAACAUUCUCGAGGCUCGUAUAGUUUUCAAAGCAUGCUUGCCGAGCAAAUGGAUGUAAAACCGAUAGAUCUAGCCGAGCCAAUUAUGACUGGAAAUAAACCUGUGAUCCUUUUCGCUGGAGAAGCUACACAUGAUCAUUAUUAUUCCACCGUGCAUGGCGCCGUGGAAACUGGUUUUCGCGAAGCGGAUAGACUAAUUGAUUUUGAAAGGAUGAUCCUGUGGAUUAUUUUAUGUUGUUUAGCUUGUGAUACGCCGAAGGAAGCAAAAGUUGUGAUUGUUGGAGCGGGUGCAGCUGGCAUUGCUGCUGCCUCGAGGCUGUCGCAAAAUGGAAUGAAUGAUUUUUUAUUACGUAAAGAAGCUAAUGAGCGUCCCUCUUGGCAAGAGAUUGCAUCCAAAGACGUUUCCACAAAAAUUUAUUGGUCAUAUUGGGAUUCACUUGAGAUAAAAAAUGGAGUGCUUUAUAAGAAAUGGGAGGCCCCGAAUUUGAAAGAGAGUAUCGCUCAAUUAAUUGUUCCCAAGAAGUGGGUCAAACGAAUAUUAGAAGAAAUUCACGAUUCUCCAUCAGGAGGGCAUUUUGGAAUAAACAAAACUCUAGAAAAGAUUCGGAAGAGAUUUUACUGGGCAACUUGCAAGCAGGAUGUAGAAGACUGGUGCAGAACAUGUAAAGUCUGUGUUGCCAAAAAGGGGCCAGCAGGAAAAGGAAAAUCUCCAUUGCAAAUUUACAAUGUUGGCGCCCCUUUUGAAAGAGUACAGAUGGAUACUCUAGGCCCACUACCGACAACUACAUCUGGGAAUAAAUAUCUACUUGUAGUAACAGAUUGUUUCACCAAAUGGAUUGAAGCUUUUCCGUUGAAGAAUAUCAGAGCAAAGACUAUUACAGAAAUUUUCUUGACUCAGAUUGUUGCUAGACAUGGAGUUCCUCUGGAAAUUCAUACGGAUCAGGGGAGAAAUUUUGAAUCAAAGAUUUUUCGAGAGUUAUCAAAUGUGGUAGAUCUCGGAGCUCAAUGGGUCCUUGGAAAAUCUAAUGGAAAGCCUCUUAAAGCUAAAAACGUGGUGUACGAUCUUGCCUCCAAGCAUGGUCUGCUAAGUCCAGUGAAUCAAUUCGAUAAACGUGAAUUUGUCACUAUUAAUGGAAUAAUACCCGCCAAGGAAAGCAGCGAAGCUAUGUUGAUUCAUUCUAAUAUUCUGGAUAAUAUAAAGAAAAUAGAUUUCAAAGGAGAAAAAAAAUCUUACGGAGAUUACUUAAUACAAGACUAUUACAAAACUUUUGACAAAAAGCCUUUUAUGAAUCGUUCCCGAGUUGCUGGAUAUUUAUCUUGGAUAGAAAAGAUGGUAAUUUAUAUAGAAUGCCCCGACUUGUGGUUUGACGCUUCCGCGAAGCGUUCGACGGAAUAUUGGCAAUGCGAGGAAUAUCCUUUCUUGGAUUGGAAGCAGCGUGGUUAUAACAUGCUUUUUGAUCUACUAGUGCAAAAAAUUCCGAAUGCAGAAAAACGUUUGCCAGUGAUGGAAAAGGUAGAGCUUGAAAAAAUUGUGGCAAAUAUCGAUUAUAGCUCAGGCCAAAAUGUGACGGUGACUACCAGAGACGGCUGCAAGUAUUCCGCAUCGCAUGUUAUAUUUACUGGGUCUCUAGGUGUUCUAAAGGAGAAACAUUCCUCGAUUUUUGUGCCACCUUUGCCGCAGAAGAAGCAACGCGCAAUAGAGGGAUUAAGUUUUAAAACGGUGGACAAAAUUUUCCUUGAAUUUCCGCAAAAAUGGUGGCCGGAGGAUAAAGGCAGCUUUGAUUUUAUUUGGUCGGAACAAGAUAAGAAGGACUUCUUGCAAACCCAUGGUCAAAAUAAGGAAUGGAUCACCGAUGUGUUCUCGUUUAACACUGUGGCUCAGCAGACGAAUGUCUUACGCGCUUGGAUAGUUGGAAAAAAUGCAAAAUAUAUGGAAACCUUAUCGGAUACUGACGUAUUGGAAGGAUUGUAUUUAUUGUUACAAAAAUCGUUGGGAAAUCAAUAUAAUGUUGUGAAACCAACAAAAAUAUUAAAGUCUCAAUGGUAUACCAACGAACAUUUUCGAGGCUCGCAUAGUUUUGAAGGUGUACGUUCCGAGCAAAUGGAUGUAAGACCGAGAGAUCUAGCCGAUCCAAUUAUGAUUGGAAACAAACCUGUAAUCGUUUUUGCUGGAGAGGCUACACAUGAGCAUUAUUAUUCCCUUGUGCAUGGCGCCGUGGAUACUGGUUUCCGUGAAGCGGAAAGACUAAUCAAAUUUGAAAGGACUAAUGUCAAUUUGUAAUGACGUUGAUUUAAGUUUGAUAUCAAAAGCAUAAA